AUGGGAGCGGGGCGGCAGAGGGCCCCGCUCGCACCGCCCCGCGUGCCCGCGCCCCGACUCCGCGCCCGCGCGCUGCAGUGCCGGUGCGCAUGCUCCUGGCCCCCGCCCCCACGGGUUCCGUGGGCGGACGGCCGCGCGCGCGAGAGGACACGGUUCCCAGAAACAGGUGUCCCCGCGGCAGCAACCCUGAGGGCCGACCCUUCUGCGCCCCAGCCCAACGCCCCCAAUCUCUACUUCACAGAGACCCCUAGCCGAGCGCUGACGCUGCCCGCGCUCUCGGGAUCCCUCCCCUUUCUGAGGAGGUCCCGAACCCGGCUCUGGACCCACCCGGCCCUGGGCACACUAAGGUGCGGGCCCCCAGGCUCCGCCCCUCGCAGCCCCGCCCAGUCCCUCUGGUCCUCCUCCCGAAGCCCCGCCCCUCGCGGCCCCGCCUCCACGUCGCGGAUCUUCCCCUAUGCCUACCUCCAGUUCAGUGCGCGGAACAGAGGCCACUUCUGGCCCCAGACCACUCCAACUGCGCCUGCAGAGCCUCCGGCCAGCCGCCGCCCAGCCCCGCCCCGGCCGCUCUAG